GGAGACAUUCCACACGCGCUGAGAGCGAGCUCAACGGCACAGUGGGAAAACACAGGAGAGAGACGCACACACAACAACCACUCGAGGACCGUUGGCUUAGCUGUUUUCCUUUUUAACGGCGUCUUAUAGAUAUCCACCGCGGGAUAAUUUCAACACAAAUCUCAGCAGAGACUAACCGUGAAGAUGGGUUCAGUCCCGGUAUUAUCUGUGCUCAUUCUGGCCAUCGCUGUUCCGAGUCUAGCCGGAUACAUUGAGGCACUGGCAGCUAAUGCAGGCACGGGAUUUGCGGUUGCAGAGCCGCAGGUCGCCAUGUUUUGUGGCAAACUCAACAUGCACAUUAACAUCCAGACUGGCCGCUGGGAACCGGACCCUUCUGGAUCCAAAACCUGCGUCGGAACCAAAGAAGGAGUGCUGAAAUACUGUCAGGAGAUGUACCCUGAGCUGCAAAUCACAAAUGUGGUGGAAGCCAACCAGCCAGUCAAGAUCGAGAACUGGUGCAAGAAGGACAAGAAACAGUGUAAGGGACACGCUCACAUCGUGGUCCCCUACAAGUGCUUGGUUGGGGAAUUCGUGAGUGAUGUCCUCCUGGUGCCAGAGAAAUGUAAAUUCUUCCACAAGGAGCGUAUGGACAUGUGCGUGAGUCAUCAGCAAUGGCACGGUGUGGCCAAAGAGGCCUGUUCUAAGGGAAGCAUGGUCCUGCACAGCUACGGCAUGCUGCUUCCCUGUGGCAUCGAUAAGUUCCACGGCACUGAAUACGUCUGCUGCCCGUCUACUCGUCCCGAGGAGCCCGUACCUCCUGCUUCACCCUCAAAAGAGCUUGAUGACGAGGAUGAAGAUGAUGAGAAUGAGGAGGUGGAGGAGCCUGUCAUUGAGGAUGAGGAUGAAGAGGAUGAAGAUGAUGAAGCAGUAGAGGAGAGCGAGCCUGUUGCCAACGAGCCGCCCACUCAGGAGGACACGGCUGAAGAAGAGGAAGAGCAGGAGGAUGACGGAGAUGAGGAGGACUACCACUACGUGUACGAGGAUGAAGAGGAGGACCGAGACAGUGAAGAAAAGGAUGAGAAGAAAGAGAAAGCUGUCGUCCCAGAGAGCCAGGAAAAUGACAAAACUCUGCAGGAAGUGGAAGCUGUGUGUUCUCUGGAGGCGGAGACCGGCCCCUGCCGUGCCUCUAAGCCUCGCUGGCACUUCGACAUACAGCAGAGGAAGUGUGUGCGCUUCAUCUACGGAGGCUGUGCCGGCAACCGCAACAAUUUCGACUCGGAGGAGUACUGCAUGGCCGUGUGCAAACGUUUGAUGCCGCCCACUCCUCAACCCACAGAUGAUGUGGAUGUGUACUUCGAGACCCCAGCAGAUGAUAAAGAGCACAGCCGUUUCCAGAAGGCCAAGGAGCAACUCGAGAUCAGACACCGCAACCGCAUGGAGAGGGUGAGGAAGGAGUGGGAGGAGGCCGAGAGCCAGGCCAGGAACCUGCCCAAAGCCGAGAGACAGACACUGAUCCAGCACUUCCAGGCUAUGGUGGAGUCCCUGGAGGAGGAGGCAGCCAGUGAGAAACAGCAGCUGGUGGAGACUCACCUUGCCCGGGUAGAGGCGAUGCUGAACGAUCGGCGCCGUCUUGCGCUGGAGAACUACCUAGCCGCUCUGCAGGCUGAUCCACCCAGGCCCCACCGUAUCCUCCAGGCUCUGAAGAGGUACAUGCGUGCCGAGAAUAAAGAUCGCCAGCACACCAUCCGCCAUUACCAGCACGUCCUGGCCGUGGACCCUGAGAAGGCCGCCCAGAUGAAGUCCCAAGUGAUGACCCACCUGCGGGUGAUUGAGGAGAGGAUGAACCAGAGCCUGUCUCUGCUCUACAAGGUGCCGUACGUCGCAGAGGAGAUCCAGGAUGAGAUUGAUGAACUUCUACAGGAUCAGAAGGCAGAUAUGGACCAGUUCCUGUCCUCCAUCUCUGAGUCUCAGCCUGAUGUCACUGUAUCCUCUGAGGAGAGCAUGGAGGUUCCUGCCUUUGAAGGAAAGCCCUUCCGCCCCUUCCAGGUCAACUCUCUGGGCUCACCCGCUGAACCCGAGGGCGAUCUCUCUGAACCACCUCGUGCCUUCAAGAAAGGCUCUGGCAUGAACAGUCUGGAUGGUCUGAUUGGAGCGGAGGAAAAAGUCAUCAACAGCAAGAGCAAGAUCAACGAAAAUGUGGUGAUUGAUGAGACUCUGGAUGUUAAAGAAGUGAUUUUGAAGGGUGUUGAUCCUCUGUUCAGUCGUGGAUCAGAGAAGGAGACGUUCCGCCCCCUGGUGGAUGACUUCAGCUUUGGAAGCAGCGCUCUGAUUGGCCUGCUGGUGAUUGCGGUGGCCAUAGCGACGGUGAUUGUGAUCAGUCUGGUGCUGCUGAGGAAGAGGCAGUACGGCACCAUCAGUCACGGCAUUGUGGAGGUUGACCCUAUGCUAUCUCCAGAAGAACGUCACCUGAGCAAGAUGCAGAACCAUGGCUAUGAAAACCCCACCUACAAAUAUCUGGAGCAGAUGCAGAUUUAGCCAUUAAGGGGGCUGUGGAGCUAGAGAGGGGUGAACAUACUACUGACCAAUAUAAAACUGCUCUCAAAUCAUUUCAUGCAUUUGAAAUGCAUAUUCUGGUUCAUUUAAAAAAAACAACAGUUUAUUAAUACUACUACUUCUAAUACUGCUACUGUUGUACCAUGGAGCGCAAUUUUAUGCUCUUGUAACUUUGUUUUUUUUUCUUUCAAAGGCAAUUUAUCAGUGGUUUUAAAUCAGGAGAACGUGAUUCCGCAAAUUUAGCAUGGAAUUGAUUUUCCGUAAAUAAAAUUGGAGAGUAUUAUAAUGUUGUUUUAAAUGUUAAUUUUAUAAAGAUCUAGCCUAUAGUGGUACAGCAAAGCCGAAACAAUCAAUAUAAAGACACAGCAGUUUGUCUACACCAUCGCUGGCCGCCGGAUAUACUUCUUUUAAAUAGAUUGCUUGUAUAUGAAGGUUAUUUGUAACAACUUAAAUGUAUAGUGAAUCAGAAAAUAUGAGAAGAAAUCAUUCAAUCGUUUACUUUGUAAUUAUUAAAAACACAUGGUAUACAUAAACAGAAAAAAAAAAAAAAGUAGAUGGUAAAUUUAUUCAUAUUUUUUCUCCCAGAGCUUAAAUCUUGGCUGGGUUACAGGUUUAAACUUUGAGAUUAAAGGACUGAUAGCGCGGUCCAAACAUCUGAUACCAUCACCUGUGUAAGAUACGAUGAAUGGUUCAAACAGAAUGGCGUGACAGCCUGCCAGAUAUUUUGGCUGAUUGUGAAUGUAGAGGUGCCCGAUUUCAAUAACAUUACCAUGUCUUUUGUUUUUUAUCUCUUGGUUAUGGUGUCAUAUACUUGGACCAUUAAACAGUACGGCCCCUGCAGAUGCUCAUUGCUCAUUGGUUUGAAGCACAGAGGGCCACAAGGUUCGGGGCCUCCAGUCUCCCUUAUCACACUAAAAUGUCUGUUUACUCGGAUUCUACUAGAAGAAAUGGUCCUGGCGUCACAUCCACACACUCCAACACUCCCCUUUUAUCGAGUAAAUCUGGCCAGAUAAAAUGUUGCAUUCAGCUCAUGUUAAUCACAAUUAUACUGCAUUUUCAUUUCAUAGCUGCCAAAUGAGAACUGACAUGGGGAGUUUUAUCAUGUGGCAAACCUUUGCACACAUUGCUUAAAUCAAAGAGAGCGUAGAUCCGUCACCGGAGUCGUCUGUAAUUGUAAUAUGAUGUGUAUUGUUUAUAGCAUUUGACCCACAAGGACGUAAAGCGCAAAAAUGCACUAAAAUUAACCAGCUGGAGGCCAAGGCAGGUGAAAGAAAUGUUUUGCAUGUCCACUAAUAUGGAAGGCAAGGAAAAAAUUGAAUCAAUUUUGGUUUUCUCUCUCUUCCCCCCUUCUUAGCAAUGUCUUUGUAUGCCUGUAUAGUUGAUGUUGCAAUCAUGGCUUUUAUCAAGGACAUCCUGUGGUGUGCAUUGUUCUUAUGAGAUGUUAUGAUAUAUUUUUUAGUUUAUUCCGUUCUUUUGUUUUCUAUUCUUUUCCCUCUUCCUGUGACAGUAUUUCUGUAUGUGACUUUCACUAUGCACCUAAAUGGUUCCAAUCUUGGACCUUGUCAUUGCCUGCUUGAUUGUGGAAAUGGUCGUAGGGGUGAGGGGAAAAUAAUACAAAGUUCAUAUAUUAGAAGUAAAAUAUGAUUGAAACCAGUGGAAAUAUGGCUUGUAUCUUGGUUACAGGUGGGAAACAUCAAUAAAUUCACUACUUCCAUU